CCGCACCACCGGGCAUUCCACCAUGCUCCACUGAUAACCAACCCACCCACAUAAUGGGCCCUAUAAAGCAGCCACUCAGCGCAAGGGCUAAAGCCAAAAACCGAAAACAAUGCAACUCCGAUGCAUGGCCGUGAUGUGCCUCGCGUUGGGCGCCUGCCGCGUGGACUCCCAGGACUAUUGCCGGCCGGAACUCUGCCCCGUGGAUACCUUGCACAUUGCGUGCCGCAACCGUGGGGACUUUUCCCGUUCGUGUCCUGCGGAUGCCACUAGCUUGGACAUUGGUGAGGCGGCACGCAAGCAGGUGGUGGAUGCACACAACACCCUGCGCCAGAAGUGGGCCAGCGGAGGGGGCACUGUACGCAGAUUCGCCUGUCGCAUGGCCACCAUUUCGUGGGACCCGGAGCUGGCCCGCCUGGCCGAACUGAAUGCCAGGCAGUGCCUCUUGGAGCACGACAAGUGCCACAACACGCACAAGUACAGGCAAUCCGGUCAGAAUCUCUAUAUGGCGGGAUUCGCUGGCAUCAUUCCCAGCGCCGUGGAGCGAAUCCUCAAGCGUGCCACCGACGAUUGGGCAGCCGAGGGCGAUGACAUCACAGCAGAGCAGCUGCAAGCCUUCCAUCUCAGCGGACCGGACGUCACCCACUUUGCGGUGAUGGCCAAUGAGGCGAACGUGGCCGUGGGCUGUGCCGUGACGCGCUUCAAGCGGCAAGGCUUCCACCAUUUCCUGGUGGCCUGCAACUAUGCCACAGGCAACACACUGCGCCAGCCCGUGUACUCCGCCUGCUCGGCAGCAGGCAGCGCUUGCCAGACCAAAGCCAAUGCCCAGCACUCCGCUCUGUGCUCAAAGCGGGAGCCCUUACAGUUCUAGGCGGCAUCUAAGGGAGGGCGCAGCAGAAGUUCUCCGAUUUGGGUAGCUCCUCGGGGCACUCCUUGACGGCAUGAUUUAUGGCAUUGAUUCCUGCAACGACAAAGAUGGAUUGAGGAUGAGUAUUGAGUUCCAUCAGCUACAGCUUCAACCUGCACUCGGAAAUUUCUACAUCGAUUUCUAGUUUGUUUGUUUGUUCUUUAUUUACACAAUAAUAGUUUGCAGACACAAAAAAAUAAUAAUUACAAUAAUCAUAAUCGUAGG